GUGGAGAUACAAUCGAAAAUAAAACCGUUAAGCUACAGACUCCGUCAGACGUUAUUCAGUUUGAAAGCCCGCCAUGAGCCAUUGGCGCCAAUCAUUGUUCGCGCUUCUACGUCUCCGUGCGUAUAAACUUCCGGCUAAUCAAACACGGAGAAAAUCGCUGUCAGUUACGCUGUCACCCCAAAGUAGCAAAUGUUAGGCACUUGUUGGGAAGUGAAAGCGGCGUGACAACUUGCUCAAUGGGCUUAUAACCUCUCGGCGCUGUUAAUUACACCUUUAUAACUGCAAUAAUGAUUGCUUUCGGUUUAACAAUGGUCCGUCAGUAAGUUGCCUUUUCUGUUUCGUUUGCUUAAUCAAAGGGAUAUAUUAAUUCUUUCCAUUCAUAUCUAUUCUGGUAGAACUGCCAACUGAUAAUCAAUUAUUUAUUGCAUUAUUGGUCGGAAAAUGAAGGUGACGUAACAUAGAAGAGUUUUAAUAACACUUUGGAGAAGUUGUUUUAAAUACACCACUAUAACUGAUCAUCAUGACAUUAUACGUAUGAGGUUUGACGGACAUUUAGAAGAGUAGUAUUAAAUAUAGGCUACUAGUUAAUGUGGGAAUUUUGUAUUAAAGUUUAAUGGGCUUCUCUAGUCUAUAGACUAUCUCUGUAUAUGCCAAAUGUCAGUGUGACUUUCUUCCUCCAGUGAAAGGUCAGAGGCAUGCUUAAUGUGAACUUUUAACACCACAAACUAAAUAAAUCCCACCCUUGUGUGUCCAUGUCAAAUGACUGAAGCAAUGUUAUCUUAUUACUUGCUAGAGGUUUUGUAGUAUUUGUUAAUCUUUAUUACUUGACAUUUUGAAUUGUUAAAGUUCUUGUUAGUUUGUGUGUGUUUUGUUUUUUAUUUAUUGACCAGUCUUACUGCUUCGGUUUACCAGUGGUGAAACGCAGUGCAACAAAGAUGGGCUUUUACAAGGUAAGUAUUUUAUUUUAUUUUAUUUUUGUUAAAUAAAAUUACAUGUUAUCCAUACUAUCAGUGGUGUCCCUGCAUUUUGCCAUUAAAUGAUGACAAUCAUCAACGAACAAUUUUUAUUUUCCACAUUUUUACAAUCCCAUAAACCAGUUCAUACAAUGCAUUUAGGUCAGAAGAUAGACUCUCCUCUCUCUGAUAUUGGGAUACGCCAGUCUGAGGCUGCUGGGCAGUACCUCAGAGAUGUGAAGUUCACAAAUGUGUUUGUCAGUGACAUGAAGCGUGCCAAGCAGACUGCAGAGAUCAUUCUGAGGAACAACAGAACCUGCCAUGACAUAGAAUUAGUAAUGGAUUCAUCACUUAAAGAGAGAAGUUUUGGUAUAGCUGAAGGAGGUCAAGUUAAAGAAAUGAAAAAUAUGGCUAAAGCAGACGGACAGUCUUUACCAGAGUACACCCCUCCUGAGGGAGAGACCAUUGAUCAGGUGAAAGUACGAAUCAAGGAUUUUCUUAAGGCUAUGUUCCAGCGAAUAGCAAAUGACCAUCAAGAAAAAGUACAAGAUGGUGAGACAUCUGUACCUGAAAUAGAUGGGGCUGGUCUACCAAAUGACAGCAUCCUAAAUAUGCCUAUCCAUGCCCUGGUGGUUGGCCAUGGGGCUUAUAUGAGCAUAGCAAUGCAGUAUUUUUUUGAGGACCUAAAGUGCCCCUUGCCCCAUGGUUCAGACCCAGCUCAAAGGUUUUCCAUCUGUCCAAACACCGGAAUGUGCCAGUUUAUCAUUGUUUUAAAUUGUAGAGAUGCAGGUCUUACUCUUUCAGGUAUUAAAUGUGUGUUCAUCAACAGAAGAGACCACAUUGUGUCUGAAUAAGAACAAAUAUCAAUGUAAAAUGAAACAUGGACGGUAGGUCUAGCAGUAGAAUUUGUUUACAUGAAUUAUGCAAGGAUAAAGUGUCAUAUCCAAGCACUUUACCUUAAUUAAUUUCAAAAUUUCAAUUACACUGUUGAAAGGUGACCUUCACAAAGGUCUGAGUUGACAAACUGUUUAACUUAUGAAUCAUUUGAAUUUGAACUGUUUGUACAGUCCCUGUGACUCAAAUCGCUGUAUUGUCUACGUUUAAAAUAUCACAUGUAUGUUUACAAUUUAGACACUGGCAACAGAAAAUAUUUCAUAUUAAAGCUGUUCAACAUUCUGUGAGGGAGUUUUUAUGUGUAUGUAAGUUAUUGAUUUUUAAUGCUAUAAAACUGUA